CCCGUAUGCAACACAACUCAAGAUCGAGAACGUCACAAGACAUUCGACUGCAUGUCCCGUGUGUGAAGAGUGCGUGGCCACAUAAGUGCGUAUGUUCCCGAUGGACUGGUAUGAUCCGCAUAUAGUAAAAGCCGAAUUAGGGUUGCGGGCAUGUCUUAUUGAAUGAUCUAGUCAGAAACAUUUUCCCGCUUGUUGUGCUCGAAACUGAAUUGCUGCCCCAGAAUAAUCGACUCCUUUCCUUUCCUUCUGCGAGCGGAUGUGCCACUUGGCACAUCAUCCAAAGUCUUCCCUUCCCCGAGCGUCUCGCCACGCUGCAAUUACCUGGUAUUGAGGAACAUCGACCUGACAACUCCCGACACGCUAAACAUCUCGGUUCAGGGAAGUCGAGCCAUUCUACCAGAAGAAACGGAAGCAAUUAAGUUGAUUCAGUCGAGAUCAAUGUGCAGUCCAACCAAGAGAAUUCGGAAGGGUUCUGAAUUUGUAUAUGGCCGAUAUUCUCGCACGGAGGAUGAACACGCAACGCACCCCGAAGCCUGUCAGAAGGUUUGGAAGUGGUGAUCGACGUGAAACUUCUCCAAUCUCAUUAACCCCACUCUCCCAAUCCGUCCGGCUGCGGCUUUCUUCUGGGGCAGCUAUUUGCAGUCUCACGCGUCUAUUCCCUAGUAGACGAAACCGUCAGUCCAGCAUCAGAACGUCCGUGGCGUUGAUAUGACUCUAGCUGAUCGGAUCGUUCCAAUGAUGCCCGUAAAAGACAUUCCAACCAGGUUCAGGCACUAGCAUCUAGAAA